CAUAACACAGAGAACAACUUCAAUCUACACACAGAAGAACACAAGAACAACUCAAACCUUCUGCCGGAUUAUCCCAUCAGCGCCCAAGUUUCAAGACACUGGAGUAAUCAGCUUUUUCAAAUGGGUCUGCGCAGUUCCAAGUACCAGAAACAAGCUCAAGUACUGUUGCUGGGCCUGGAUGGGGCAGGAAAGACCACCCUGCUCUACAAAUUAAAGCAUAAUGAGAGCGUGGCAACCGUGCCAACUGUUGGUUUUAAUGUGGAGAUGCUGGAGACGGACCGCAGCAACCUAGCCCUGACGGUGUGGGAUAUCGGUGGACAGAAGAAGAUGAGACCCCACUGGAAGCAUCACUACACUGACACAGCAGGACUGGUGUUUGCGGUGGACAGUUCAGACCUGACCAGGCUGGACGAGGCCCGCAAGGAGCUUCAUCGGGUCCUGAGGUGUAAAAGUCUCAGGGGAGUCCCUCUGGUGGUCUUUGCCAACAAACAGGACCUUGUAGGAGCUCUGAGUCCAGCAUAUCUUUGCCUAAAGUUGGACUUGAAAGUAGUGUGUGAGGGAAGGGCCUGGUUCAUCCAACCCUGUUCAGCUACCACUGGUGUGGGACUAGAAGAAGGUUUUAGGAGGGUAAUCUAUCUAAUGAAGACCCCACUGGAGCAAACUCAGGAGGACAUUAAAGUGAAGAUGAGGUCUAAAGGCCUCACUGUGACAGCUGUGAAACAGGUCAUAUGCUGCAGGAACAGAAGAGAAAGCUUUUCAGAAACAGGUUAAUGGCAUAAGGUUCAUUUCUACCUGCACAUGCAACUCACAGGCAACCCUGCAAAAAGACU